GAGAAGGAAGGUUGGGGUUGCUGCCAUGGGUGCCCCUGACUCCCAAGUGCUUGUCGCCUGCCCCAAAAAGCCGGGGUGAGGGUGCAGCCGGGUGCCUGAGCCUCACCUUUGCUCCAGCACUGACUCAGGGCCCCAUGUGCUCUUUGCGUAAGAGCCGUGCUGGCAAGCAGACUCUGCCCGGGGAGGCUGCCACCAGCCUGGCCCUGGCCAAAGGGCAGGCACAGCCUCUGCGUAAAGGUGGCAGCGACGGGGUGCUGGGUCACUGCUGGGCUGGAGCUGAGCGGUGGGAAGAAGAUCCACUGGAGUGGAGAGAAGCCGGAGAGGUCCUGUCUAGAUCUGAAUCUUUCCUCCCUACAGGCUGAACCGUGCUCCUGGUGAAGAUGGAUUACGCCAAGUCCCUGAGCCUGCGCCUGGCUGCCCCUGUCUCCAAAUGUGUCUCGGCAAGUGCCUCCAUGACCCAGCAACUGCUGUCAAGCCCGGCCCCACAGCCCCGACCCUUCCGUGUCUGCAACUGGGACCGCAGCCUGCGCAAGGGCAUCAUGGCACAGAGCCUCGCUGAGCUGCUGCACCAGGCUCAGACUGCUCUGCUCGCCCCUGGUCCCAUCUCGCUGGUGCUGGAUGAGGAUGGCACUGCAGUGGAGACAGAGGCUUUCUUCCGGACGCUGGAGGAGGGCACGGUGCUGAUGGCCCUGAGUAAGGGGCAGACCUGGGCUGCCUCCAAGACCCCCGGCUACCAGCUGAGCCUGUCCCACAAGCCCCCUCGGAGGAUCGAUGUCGCCCGUGUCACCUUCGACUUAUACAAGACCAACCCGCGGGAUUUGGGCUGCCUCAAUGUCAAAGCCACUCUCUACGGCACCUACAGCAUGUCCUACGACCUGCGCUGCUACGGGGCCAAGCGGCUGAUGAAGGAAGCUCUGCGCUGGACGCUCUUCACCAUGCAGGCCACCGGCCACGUCCUGCUCGGCACCUCCUGCUACAUGCAGCAGCUCCUGGAUGCGACGGAGGAGCCCAAGGAGGCAGAGAGCAGCCCAGCGCCGCAGAACCUCCUCAGCCUGCCCCCCCUGCCCUGCAGGAAGACCCUGCAGUGAGCAUUGGAUGCCCUGUCCCCCUCCUCUGCCACCUCCCCUAAUCCCAGGGGGUCCCAGCACCCCUCUAGGUCAAUGUCUGGGGCGAAGGGCUGCCGUGGUGCUUGCACUCUGCUGGCUCACUGCAGCCAGCUCGUGUCUAUUGUCUGCUGCUCUGUAAAUAUAUUUAUUUAAGUAAAGCUUUGCUGAUUUCA